CCCCCUCCCCCGCAGCCCACGGACCCCCCCGAACCCCCCAGCCCCGGGGCUGCCGCGGGGGCCCCCAACGGCCCUCAGCCAAUCCCAAAGCGCCCACGCCGCCCGCGCCCAAUCCCAGCGCGCCGCGCUGAUGACUCAUCAGUCGCCGGGAAGACGCCUCGAAAAAAGGGCCCCAACUGCGCCCUCAGCCAAGCCCAGCGCGCCCCAAACCCCCCAAAACGGCGCCGCCCGGCUGGUUUUGGGCUGUCAGCAGCUGUCCGGCGCUGGGCAUGGAGCGUGUGCGGGGAGCUGGGGCCGUGCUGGCGGUGCUGGUGGUGCUGGGAGCCCCCCCGGCUGCGGGCGAGGAGCUGUCGGGGGUGUUCCAGCACAUGGCAAAGUGCGAGUGUUACUUCAUCAACGGCACCGAGCAGGUGAGGUUUGUGCAGAGGUUCGUCUACAACCGGGAGCAGUUCAUGCACUUCGACAGCGAUGUGGGGGUGUUUGUGGGGGACACCCCGUAUGGGGAGAUCCUGGCCAGGUGCGGGAACCGGAACCAAGGAUGGAUGGAGUACAUAGGGGGUAGGGUGGACAGGCACUGCCGGCACAACUACAAGCUGUUCAGCUCGUUCAGCGUGGAGAGGAGAGGUGAGCGUUGGACAGAGCGGGUCCCCUCGGCCCCUGCCUAG